AUGUCCAAGUUCUCCAUUGCUAUCGUGUCAGUCCUCCUGCCCUUAACUUCGUGCUGUCAUUCUGAUCAAUACCACAGAGGAGCCGGUCUGAGCGGUCUCAUUUCUGCACUCUCCUUGCAGAAGUUCGCACCUGAUGUCGAGUUCGCCAUCUACGAUGCGGUGUCGGAGCUUUCUGAAAUUGGAGCUGGCAUUGGACUUGCUCCUCGAGCCUGGGCCAUCAUACAAGCCAUCGGGCUAGAAGAAGCCUUGUUGAAGGUCGCAGGGGAUGGAGGGCAGCCAUGUAUUCCUCACAUGCACCGCAAGUCAGACCAGGUCGAGGGUGUUAUCAUAGACCGGACUGUCAGAGACGAGAUGAACUACUCCUUCUUCAGAGCCGAGCUGCAACGGGUGCUGUUGGAGCACCUCUUCCCAAAGAACAAAGUCCGCCUUAAUAAGCGGCUCGUAUCCUACGUCCAGCGUUCGGACGGGUCCGCGAUUGUGGAGCUGCUCUUCGAAGACGGCAGUACGGCGCAGUGCGACGUCCUCUUGGGGUGCGACGGCAUACGCUCUAGGAUCCGUGCGAAUAUGUACUCCCAGCUUGCAGACCAAGCACAGGCUGAAGGGAGACACGACGAGGCCUCGAGGCUGCGGUCCCAUAUUACGCCCGUCUUCUCCGGUGAGAUCGUAUACAGGUGCCUCAUCCGGAAGGAUACGUUGCCUGAAGGGGUCAGCGAACAUCCUGCGUUCAACGCGUCUGACUUGAUCAUACUAGCCAUUGAUGAUCCGCCUCAGCACAUAGUAACAUAUCCCGUCUCGCAGGGUCGAGUCCUGAAUGUCGGUGCCGGAGUGAGCUAUCCCGAGCAAGAGGGAACUAUUUACGAAGGCUCAUGGACUUCCGCGGCCGGCAGGGAGGAGAUCACCAAGGAGUUUGUCGGCUGGGAAGCAGACGUCCAGGAGCUCGUCCAGUACGUGAAUGGGGGACUGAAAUGGGUUAUUAAUGUGGUCACCAAGUUGCCAACAUACGUGCAUGGACGAGUCGCCCUUGUUGGAGACGCGGCACAUGCAAUGGGUCACCACCUCGGCGCAGGUGCUGGACAAAGCUUUGAGGACGCAUUCCUUCUGGCCAAACUCAUCAGCCAUCCUGGUGUAACCAAGGGAAACAUACCGGUCGUUCUAGGCAUCUAUGAUGAGGUCAGACGGCCGUUCACACAGCACGUUGCUGCGCUCGCUCGUAGGAGGGGGAAACUGCACCACCUGGACUCUCCCGAGCUUGCAUGGCUGACAGCUGAAAGAAGUGCCAAAGGGGAUGCGUUGAGUCAAGAGCAAUUGGGGGAGAUCAGCGAGAUGAUGGAGCGAUGUCGAGAUUGGCAGUUCGGACCUUCGGUUCUGGAGGAGAGUGUAGCCGCCCAGAGGAAGCUCGAGGGAGCUUUUCAACCCCUUUGA